AAUUACCAAACUAUCCUACAUUUCAGCGGUACUUUUUGCGCGGGAUAUCAUUGCAUUCUUCAAUGUUCUCCUUUCAGAACUCAGAAACAUAAAUUUACAAAAAUAAUUAGCUAAGCAAAGAAGCCAUUAGAAACAUAGAUCCUCCUCUUCCAUGGCGACUCAGAAACUUUCUGAAUACGAAUUGAAGCGACUCGAAAACAUUCGUCGCAACACCGAAAUGAUUUCCGCACUCAACAUACACUCCAAAGCCUCACAACUCUUCAAGCGUCCAAGAGCUGUGACCAAAUUGAAAUCCGAGAAGAAACCGAAAACCGAAACCCCUAAUGCUAGCAGACGCUCCCUCCGAAUCAGAGGCGUUACACCCGAUCCAUCGAAUUCUCUCCCUUCUAAGACUAAGCCUAGGAAGUACACUUUGGGAGCUUACAAAGGCACGCACUCGGAUUGUUCUUUCAUUGAAACCCUAAAACAACAAUCCAAUGGUACUGCAAAAAGUAAGAACAAAGCUGAGUGUUCUUUUGAGUUGGAAUCUAUGUCUUUGGAUCCUGAAAAUAUAUCAAAAGUUGUUCCUGAAAGGGUAACUCAAAUGCGGUUUUUCCCUUCCAAUGAUAUCAACAUGAUUGUAGCGGGUGACACAAAUGGGAGUAUUGGGUUCUGGAAUGUUGGACAAAGUGAGGUUUUUUUGUAUCGGCCGCAUCAAACUCUCAUUAUCGGGAUUGUGGUUCAAUCGCAUUGCUUGUCAAAGAUAUACACAAGUUGUAAAGAUGGAUUUGUUAAGAUGAUGGAUGCCGAGAAGGAAAUUUUUGAUAUGGUAUAUCAAAGUAGUGAUAAAGCAGGUAUAUAUGCUCUCGCGCAACCAAAGAAUGAGGCAAACUGUUUAUAUUUAGCUGAAGGUUCUGGAGGUUUGACUGUUUGGGAUAGUAGGAUGGGAAAAUGUUCCUCUUCGUCCUGCUUAGCUUUGCAUCGAAGGAGGAUUAAUACAAUAGAUUUCAACCCUGAAAACCCUCACAUUGCAGUUACUAGUUCAGCGGAUGGAAUUGCGUGUACCUGGGAUUUUAGAUUUAUGGGUGGUCUGCGUGAGGAUAGUAACCUCCCAGCUAUAAGGAGAUUUACUCAUGAAAGAGGCUUGCAAUCUGCCUAUUUCUCUCCUUCUGGAUGUAGCCUUGCGAUCACAAGCACAAACAACACGGUUGUCAUAUACAGUGGAGUUAACUUGAAGGACGCAGCUUUUGUUAAUCAUGAAAGUAGCCGGAAGCUUUCUAUUUUCAGGGCAAUAUGGGGUUGGGACGACUCAUACCUCUUCACUGGGAGUACAAAAGGAGGAAUUGCUGUUGUCUCGACAGCUCAAAAGGCAACUGUGAUGACUCUAGAGAGCCCACUCAUAUCUGCAAUUCCACAUAAAUUUGAUGCACACUCUUACGAAGUUGGGAUGCUAGCAGGGGGUUCGAGCGGAGGCCAGGUCUAUGUUUGGACAUCGCGCUAGGACUUUUUAGUGCUCAUUUGGAAUUGCGGUACUGCAACAUAAAUUAUCAAGUCCCCAUGCUUUUUGGACACAACUUGUAUGAAGUUCUAAAUUCAAAAUUUUGAUUGGCAAUGCGUUUCUUGAAAAUCCCACCAUGAUUCCAACAAACAUGUGAUGUACCAUUUUAGUUGGACUAUUUUCAUGACUUUUUGUGUUAAGUAUCGGCUAUAUGAUGCAUUGAAAUGAGCCUCUGUCUCAUUCUAAAAUUUAGUUUGAAAGAUGAGGUUGAUCAAACACAUUUAUAUCCAAUUGCCCGAGAACUUAAGGAGUCUGUAACUCCAAACAAUUUCUACAUUGGUCUUUAAUCCGAUUCUCAUACAAUGUUAAAUCUGGCUCU